AUGGAUCCAUUCAGUCACGAUUCUUCAGAAUACGAGUCUCAGCCUGAUGCUGCUGGUGCACCUGCCCCUGAUUUGGUUGGUAUGGGCCUGACGAAGGCUUGGGAUCUACGCCCACAAUGGACAAUUUGUCUCCGGCAAGGUUUGUUUGGUGCGGCUGUUUCUACGGCCUUGACUACAUGCGUCCGCAUUCCGGACCAGGUUGAGGAACACACCCCCGGCCUCACCUACAUGGUGUUUUAA